AUGCGCAAACGCCAGCUGAUCGAGGCGGAGCGAAUCGAAGAUGGAUGGGCCGCGAAGUGGAAGAACGCAAAAAGCUCGAAGAAUCAUCCAUUUCUCAAGUUGAUGGCGCAGAUUGUCUUUGGCAUGCAUUUGCUGGAGCAAGAAUCACCUGAGUCAACCGCGGAGAUCGUCGCCAUUCUACAAGCGCACGUCAACGAAACCGAUUCUUUCCUCGAACGGACGAACGAGGACUUCACCAUCGCGACCAAAGACAUCGAAGAGCGGAUCCGCUACCUGAGGAUGCCAAUGCUGCACACCGAUGUUUUUGAUGUUAUGCUCAACGAUAGAAAGUACCGGAAUGAGCUUCUGCUGGGAAAUGAAAAGGUCGAGCGGAUCGCCGAACGCACAGUCAAGGCGAUGGACAGCGCCAUGAUGGACUUGGAUUGUGGAAUUCGAUCAACCGCGGAGCUUCGACUGUAUCUGGAUGGUCUUAGCACACGAUUGCCAGUAGGCAAUCGGAAAGUGAGCCAAAUUCUUUCGGCUAUGAGUGGGAACGAACAAGGCUGGAACAAAUACCUACACGAUCUGCGGAGUCAAGGAAAGUAUCUCGGCGAGAGACUGCUCACAUUGAGCUCCAUCACCGACGAAAUCUCGAGAAGAGCCGGUGCGGCCAGCCGGCGCAAUGUC